CCUACCUCUACGCAUCGGGCGUCGCCGCAGGGAGGCAUCUUCGACAAGGCGAAUCCGACUCACUAUGACUCCAAGAACCCGCUCGUCAUCUUCAUCAUUCAGGUAGAUAUUUACUUUUACUGGGAGUUGAAGUCGUAGAGAUGUUUUGUAGACUGACAUGUUCUAUAGGCUGGCCUGAUCAUCAUCUUUUGCCGACUGAUACAUAUCCCUCUCUCGCGGAUGCGCCAGCCACGAGUUAUCUCAGAAGUCCUAGGCGGCAUCCUGCUCGGCCCUUCAGUUAUGGGACGUAUACCCGGAUUCCGCGAGACCAUCUUCCCCGAUGCCUCCAUCCCCAAUCUCAACCUGGUGGCAAAUCUAGGACUGGUGCUGUACCUGUUCAUGAUUGGCGUUGAGACAGAUCUCAGAUCGCUGAUAAGUAACUGGAGAGUAGCCGCCAGCGUCUCUGCGGCGGGAAUGUUGCUGCCGUUUGGUCUGGGUUGUGCAAUCGCAUACGGUUUGUACCAUGAGUUUCGGCAGGAGCCUGGCCUGGCGCCCAUCGGGUUUGGAACUUAUUUGCUAUUCAUCGGCAUUGCCAUGGCUAUUACGGCAUUCCCGGUGCUAUGCCGUAUACUGACUGAGCUGGAACUUCUCAGCACCAGAGUCGGAGUCAUCGUGCUGUCUGCCGGCGUGGGCAACGACGUAGUUGGCUGGAUCCUGCUGGCACUCUGUGUAGCCCUGGUCAACGCCAGCACGGGUCUGACAGCCCUAUGGGUGUUACUGACCUGCGUCGGUUUCACGUUGGUGCUUGUGUUUGCCGUCCGCCCCCUGUUUCUCUGGUACCUGAGACGCACCGGCAGUCUGCAUGACGGCCCCAACCAGUCGGUUGUCACUCUCACGCUGCUGUUAGUCCUUUCAGCCGCAUUUUUUACCCAGAUCAUCGGUGUCCAUGCCAUCUUUGGUGGUUUCAUGAUUGGUCUGAUAUGUCCUCAUGAUGGAGGGUUUGCUAUCAAGCUGACGGAGAAGAUUGAGGAUGUGAUUGGUGCUCUUUUCCUGCCGUUGUAUUUUGCUCUUUCGGGAUUGAAUACCAACAUCGGACUGUUGGAUUCGGGAACAGUAUGGGGGUACGUGUUUGGCGUUAUCUUCAUUGCUCUUAUUGCAAAAGUGACGGGUGGUAUGGUUGCGUCGAGGUUGAACGGCCUCUUGUGGAGGGAGAGCUUGACCAUUGGUGUGCUUAUGAGUUGUAAGGGUCUGGUCGAGCUCAUCGUCCUGGUAAGUAGCCCUUUUUUUUUCCAAGUAUUCUGGUUAUGCCGAGACGACGGCUAAUUAUAUUGUUUGGUGCCGGCAGAACAUUGGACUCCAGGCCAAGAUCCUGAGCCCCAGGACGUUCACUAUCUUUGUCGUCAUGGCACUGGUGACAACCUUUGUGACUACCCCAGUGGUCUCCUACCUGUAUCCUCCCUCGUAUCAGAUCAAGGUCGAGCGCUGGCGCCGCGGCGAGAUCGAUUGGGAAGGAAACGUUCUUGACUCCGAGCAUGACCCGCACAGCGGCGCAGACAGCAUUAGCCGACAAAAGUCACAGGGCGCGUCUGUCCGCAAGCUGAUGAUAUACCUCAGGCUAGACAGCCUGCCAAGUCUCUUCACCUUCGUAUCGUUGCUUGGGGCUGGAGACAGACCAGACCCAGUCGCCUCUCGGACCCAUCAUGCCCAUACCAAUAAUAAUAACGAUGGCGAGGACGGUGAGGAGGCAGAAGGAAGACGACCCGAGAGUGCGAGAAGAGCCAACAUCAGGCCUAUCGAGGUUCAUGCAGUGCGCCUGGUCGAGCUGACUGAUCGAGACUCCAGUGUGAUGAAGGUGUCUGAGGUGCAGGAUUCCAACUACAGCUUCAGUGACCCGAUCCUCAACGCCUUCCGCACCUUUGGCCAGCUGUACAAAGUGGCAGUAUCCGGGGGCGUGGUUAUAGCGCCUGAGCACGCCUAUGCCGAGACGCUGGUCAACAAGGCGCGCGACUGUGCCUCUGACCUGGUGCUGGUACCGUGGAGCGAGACGGGAGGCAUGAGCGAGAGACAGAUCCCGCUGCUUGAUGACAAGAGCGAGAAGUUCUCUACCGGCCCUCACAGCUCGUUCAUCUUCAACAUCCUGAAGAACUCGAGGAGUAAUGUUGGUAUCUUUAUCAACAAGGGGUUCGGGGGCGCCGGACUAGCACGUCCCAAGCCAGGCGAGAUAUCAAGAACAUUCAGCGGACACAACACGUAUCGAACGAAUGAUCUUGCCAUGAGCCCAUCUCCUGACCGCGGCCAUCACAUCUUCAUGCCUUAUUUUGGCGGUCCAGACGACCACUUUGCGUUGCGGCUCGUUCUUCAACUGGCUAACAACUCAUCCAUCACUGCAACCAUUGCAUAUAUGAAUGUCAUCAACAAUGCGCCAACGCCGCCGCAGCAGCAGCAACAGGAGAAGGACGCCGACGAGACCUUCUAUCGGUCGAUCCGCGACUCUGUGCCUCCCGAGCUGCGUCCUCGUGUCGUGUUCCAGACGGUCGAUUGUGCAUCGUCGUCGGCGUCGUGCAACGCACUGCUGGCCACCACCCGCGAAACUGCCGCUCAGGACCUGGCCCAGAGCACCAGCAGCAGCAACGGCAACCUGGUCGUCGUCGGCCGCAACAGCCUGGCCAUGAACACACCAGCACCGGCCGCUGCUGCUGCAACAGGUUCUCCCUCUGUGGCACCCCGGCCGUCUUCCUCUUCUGCUGCCUCUGCUUCGGCCUCCCCUGAGUUUGGCCAUGAGGCAAAGAAGGCGAUUGGCGUCCUGGGCGAGGCGAUGGCAGGGAAGGCCUACGGCAUCGACGCCAGCGUCCUCAUCGUCCAGGCCAGUCACUAGCUAUCUCAUCUUUCUUCUCUGCCAACUUUCCAUCUGUGACACUCUAGCAUUAUUAGCAUGAAAUUUAUUGACCGUCCCAUGAAACUCAGGCUUAUUCUUUUAAACUCUUCGGCAAGAUCGUAACCUAUCCACGGAAACAAACACGCGGAGUAAAAAGGUUAGACACAGGCCGGCCUGUUGCAUCGGCGAAUA